AUGCCUCAAGAUCAAAUUCAAACGAUCUCAACAUCGAUGCUCCAAGUGGAAUCAACGGCCAAGAUCACCCUUACCCCCUCCGAUCUUGAGGUCCUCUUUCUUGAAUACUUCCAAAUGGGGCUCCUCUUCCCCCACACCACCUCCCCCACCAUCAUCCACCACCUCAAAACCUCCCUCCACCGCACCCACCGCUUCUUCCCCACCCUCGUCGGCCGCCUCAACACCACCAAAUCCUACUCCAGCGACGUCACCUGCUUCUUCCUUGACUGCGGCCACGCUGAGGGUGGAGUCCUGUUUGUCCAUGCAGACGCCUCAGCCCUCACCAUGGCCGACGUAAAUGAGUCUGGCGCCAGCCUAGCCCCCGCUUUGUUCCCCCUCCCCGGGAUCCGCAACAAGGACGGCGCGUCACAACCGCUGCUUGUUGUCCAGGUGACGGAUCUCGGGGAUGGAUUAUUCGUCGGCUUCACCCUCAACCACCUCCUCUGCGACGACACCGCCUUCUGGUACUUCGUCAACUCCUGGGCCGAGAUCUCCCGCGAAUUCAAUCUCGACGCCCCCCAUCCUCAGCCGCGAUCAGCGGCGGAAUUGAGUGAGAGAGUGUUUUGUCUCACUAAUGGAAAAGGGGCAAAACUGAAAGCGAUUGUCAACAGAAACAACGACGAAAAUAUUUCGUCGCUGCAAGCUGUUAUAGCCCAUUUGUGGCGAUCCAUGAUACGGUGCCCACUGGCGGAUCUAGGGGGGACAGGAGGGGGCGGUCGCCCCCUCCGUGCGACUAAUUUCCUCUUAUCCGGAUGUGGAAGAGUAGUUAAAAUCCAUGUUCGAUUUUUGAGAAGGGCGAUGAAUUCAGCAAACAUGGCUGCUCUCCAAAUAGGAAUGAGCAAAGCUUCAAGAGCUGACUUUGGUAGCAAAUAUGGUGAAAUGGUGGAAGUAUUUGAGGAGGCUGAUCAGCAGAGUGAGAUGAAGGUGGUGCAAAUUGAGCAGCUGGCAAAGUUGGUCUCUAAAGCCCUCCAUAUAUCUCUAGAAGAUCUGAGCCCUACAACAAGAUUUGAUGCUAUCCCAACUAAUCAUUUCAUCCUUAUAAACUCUCCGAGCUUUGACGUGUAUGGGAACGACUUCGGGUGGGGUCCGCCUGUGGCAGCCAGGAGCGGAAGGGGGAGCAGUUUUGACGGGAGGGUAACGGUUUUCACGGGGCUGGAUUGGAGUUUGGAGGUUGAAGUGUGUUUGUUGAAGGAGACUUUGUGUGCCAUGGCAAAUGAUGUUGAGUUCAUGAAGUUUGUUACUACUAUUGAAAACUGA